UAAAAGAAAUGAAAAGGCACCGCAGGGACGUUAAUCUUACGCAAAAAUAUUGAAUGACAGAAAAUUCUAGAAGCAAGCAACCCUGAACCCAUCCUUUUUCUCCAUUUCUGCUGCUCUGCUCCCUCAUUGGCCUUCGAUUACCCUUUUUCUGCCUUCUCAUCAAUUGGCUGCUCUUGUAAAAUUUUCAGCUUUUCUUCAGAUUUGGGUGAUUGGUGAUUGAUUGUUCGAUUCCUGAAUUUGAUGGCUUCGAAGAGGAUCCUCAAAGAGCUCAAGGAUUUACAGAAGGACCCUCCAACCUCCUGCAGUGCUGGCCCUGUAGCUGAAGACAUGUUUCAUUGGCAAGCAACAAUUAUGGGGCCUGCUGAUAGCCCAUACGCUGGAGGAGUCUUUCUAGUCUCCAUUCAUUUCCCACCUGAUUACCCAUUUAAGCCCCCUAAGGUUGCAUUUAGGACUAAGGUGUUCCACCCAAACAUUAAUAGCAAUGGAAGCAUAUGCUUGGAUAUUCUUAAAGAACAAUGGAGCCCUGCACUAACCAUUUCCAAGGUGCUGUUAUCUAUUUGUUCCCUGUUAACGGACCCAAACCCAGAUGAUCCACUGGUUCCUGAAAUUGCUCAUAUGUACAAGUCUGACAGGGCCAAGUAUGAGGCAACUGCUCGCAGCUGGACUCAAAAGUACGCAAUGGGUUGAAGGUGAUAAAUCCCCCGCCAAUGGCCCGCCCCCCCCCCCAAAAAAAAGGGAAUUCUGGUUGUAGGUUCAUUUUGGUGGGGGAAAAACUAUGUUAAAAUGAUGUCUCACUAUGGUUUUUUGUUGGGGAAUCAAAAACGUUGCUAAAGGAAUUUAUCAUCAUUUUGUGAAUAUUUAUUCAAAGACAUUAGAGGGGAAACUGUAAUGUAAUGUUGCUGUGUUGUUGUUGAAGUGAAUGGUCUGCUGACCAAUCUCAUUUUAAGUACUUAAUUAUGUGGUAUGACUGAAAUAAUGCUCUAGCCAGUAGUCUUCUUUUGA